CUCUGAACCGCCGAACGAACUAUAGAAUAUACAACGCCAGUUUACACAGAGUAUCUUUGUAUAAGCCGAAACCAGUAUAUUCUAAGUCUAUGGCUAGCCGCACACACGCAAUAAUAUUGACAAUAAAGUACGUAUUGUCAAUAAUAUGGUGCGUGUGCGGCCUGUAUUGCGAUAUUGUUCAAUAAUAUUGUUGAUAUCCAGAAAUUCUGAUUUUGUCUCGUCAAUAUCGGGGGGAGGCAGGGGUAUUGUCAAUAAUAUUGCCGUUUGCGGGCGCGCGGCAAUAUUUUAGUUGAGGAAAAGAUUUCAAGGAAGGCGGACGUUCGUUUUUUAUUCAAAAUGGAGGACGAAAACAAUGUUGAUAUUAGUAUUCUCACGCAAAAUCAAUAUUUGUCAAUAUUUAUUAAAACAUGAGAAACUUAUCCAGAAUUAUGGAAUACAUGUUGCGAAUCAUAUCGCGAUAAAGUAAGGAAAAAUAAUGCGCUUGAUAAGUUGCUCGAUAUUUAUAAAAAAAUGAAACCAAAUAGCACGAGAGAAGACGUCAAGAAAAAAUUAAAUGCCCUACGAACAAAUUUUCGGAAAGAGUUAAAGAAUAUUUACAAAUCGAAAUCAUCAGGAAAGGGAACCGAUGAGGUUUACGUCCCGUCUGCGUGGACGUAUUAUGAAUUGCUGUUUUUAACAAAUGAUGAACAACCAAUAAAGAAAACUAUAGAGGAAGACAAAGAAAAUGAUCAAGACCAAUAUAGCUAUUCGAUUAGCUCAAUGGAUCCACCUCCAACUCCAGUAUCGGAAAAUAAGAAAAGAAAAAAGGAAAAUGACCAGCAAAACCUUUUACAGAGGACUUUAUCGUUUUUGGAGAAGGAUUCUUCUGAUAAUCAAGAAGAAUAUCAUCUUGCCAAAGUCUGGGCCGCUAAAUUGACAAAACUGGAGUCUACACAAAAACUUUUUGCGGAAAAGGCAAUUAACGAUAUUUUAUUUGAGGCACAACUUGGAAAAUUAAACAAAAACUCAGUGAAAGUUAAUGAGCAUGUACCAUAUACUUCAUCGCCUUUGCUGCCUAGACAGUCACUAUAUCAUCCCAGAGUAAACUAUAUUCCAUCACCUAGUCAAUCACCAAGCACACAAGAUUCAAUUUUGAGAUACAAUUUAACACCUUCGCCACAUUCUAUAUAUAACAAUGAACAUAAUAUUGAUAAUACUAUUACUAUGAAACCUCCACAGAUAUUGUCCAAGACUCAAAGUCACCAUCAACCAAUUGUAACCACCGGUAUUCCAUCUCAAAUAAUAUUAAGGCAUCCACUGACACGAUUGCAACAGUUUGGGUAUGGUCCACAAGGCACAAUAUCACAAGAAAAUAAACAAAAUAAUAAUAUAACUUCUAAUGUUAUAACAUUUGAAGGCGACGUACAUGCCAAGUAUACUCCAAAAGAAGAUAUUUCAAAUUUUUUUCAGUCCUAAUAAGUGUUUUGUGAAUAUAUUAGUAAAAACUACAAUUUAUUACCAAGUACUACUUGUUAAUUAAUAAAAGGAUUAU